ACCCGCUGUCGUCUCGUUGAUGCCGCGAAAGCGAAGCGGCAUCGUCGGUGCGCAGAUUUCGCAACAACGCGACCACGUGCUCCCAGGAAACAAGCGCGCUCCGAACAGCUGAGCGCCGCGCGCCGGGGGGUGUCGACGUCGAACAAAGACGGCAGGGCGCUGCAACGAUCAGAAGGCAGCGUCUGUGCAGAAGACGAAAGUGGGCGCCCGCGCCGCCUCUGCUGCCGAUUUCGCGAGCUGGCGUUCGUGCCUCUGCAGAAGGGUCCGCGAAACACCGUCGCCCGGCCACAGGAAGGGGUUCGUCCACUCUCGUCGCUGGCCCAUCCGCCCAGCGAGCAGCACGCGGCUCCGUUUCUCCGGCUUGCCGCGCGCGAGCUAUUUGUGGCCCGAGAAAGUUGCUCUCUCUUCUCCCCGAGUUCCGCUGAAACACUGCCUUGACGAAGCACAACUCGGAAACGUGGACGGGCCGUGGCUCUCGCUCGACGCGGCCGGGAGUGUCUGCAAUUUCGCUUUUCGUAAGGACGAGCAAAAACUGCACGGGGGGAGAGAGUUCGAAAGGAGCCUCGCAGUUAACUCGCAGUUGCAACACUCGAGCAUGUGACGACGAGCCUCGGCAGCACGGCCCAAGUCUUUCACUCGUCGCGCUGGGAGGCAGCACGCAUUGGCAACCAAGCUCCCUCUGCAGUGCCGCAAGCAAGGCCAUCGGCCCGAAGAAGCCGUGCAACGAGCGGAACAUUGCUGCAACAAAGAGAAACCCGAAUCGUUCGUUAACCCAACCUGGGCUUCUCCUAGAUCGAAGCUGGCAGUGCCUCAGAAUCCGCCCCCGAUGGUCACGUCGCUCGGAAACAACGCCUGCCAUACGUAAAGCACGGCACAUCUGGUGGCCUCUGCGUCCUCGGCAGUCUAUACUCGUACCGAAGCCACUGAAGAAAGAGGUAGUGGGACACCUUCACGAUACGUUUCAAAAUGACAGACGGAAAGUAGUGCGCGACGGUUUCUACAAGUGCGCCGAGAUAAAGCUACGUGAGCGCACCUGUAGACAAAAAAGCUCCCCGAAGGCGGCGAAAGGCAGGCGCCGCCUCCUCGGGCUUCUCCUCGGACCGCUCGGGGUGGGCCCGGUGUCCGCGCUGCGAACGAGGCGACCACCUGAGCGGCCGAUGUGUGCUCUCCUGCGGCGGCGGCGGCAUGCACGUGUACUCGCACCACCCGUUUCUGGCGCUGGCCUUCGUGGCGGCGGCAGCCGUGCUGUUCAUCUACCCGUUCGUGCUGCGAUUCAACGUCUACAAGGAGACGCUAGUGGCGAUGGCCGUGUCUGACGUCAUCCCGGUGCGCGAACGCAUCUCCACCGUCUGGUGCUCGGCCCAGGAGCUGGUGAUGAACCACAGCUUCGACGCGCACGUAUUCCGCGACUCGGACGGCACGGUGACGGCGCCGGCGGGCAGGACCCUGGAGCUUUCGCUCACCAUGACGGUGCCGAAGCAGACGUACGAGUACUGGGGCUUCUACUUCGUGGCCGGCUCGAACUUCACGGUGUCCGUGUGCUCGCGCCUCUCCGGCGCCGCGUUCUCCCUCAUCCGGGGCGCCGCAGCGCUGGGAAAGUGCCUCACGGCCCUCGAGACCAAGCGGCGCGGCCUGGACGAGUCGGACGAGAAGACGGACUCGGACGAGCCCGGCGAGGACGAGUCGUCGCCGGAGUCGGACGACCAGUCGUCCACCAUCUCAAGCAGCGAGGGCCUGAUGCUCAACGAGACGCUGGGCAUCAGCGUCUGCAACAACGCGCUCUUCCACGUGCCCCUGCGCUGGACGUACAGCUGCGGCACGGCCAACGACCGCCGCGACCACCGGCACAACAUCAGCUACGCCGUGCCGGCGUCCGACUUCUACUACGUGUUCUUCGCCAGCAACCCGCCGCUGUACGUCGCGUCCAACACGAUCGUCGCCGACUUCUACCUCGACAGGAUGGCGUACGACGUGUCCAGGAGCUACAGUCCGGAUACGCACUCGUGCCAGAACACGACCAACUGCUCGGUGCCUCUGGACUUUCUCUCCGACGAGUACGUGGUGGUCGACAUGCAAGGCGAGCCCCGGGGGUCCACGCACCUCAACUGGACCUCUGACGUGCUCACGUCGCGUUGCCUGCCGCGCAAGGGCGUCUACUUCGUCUUCUACUUCGUCUUCGGGCUCCUCGUCAUGAUGGCCGCCUUUCAGGGCUGAUGGCGGUCGGCAACGGAUUGUGAGCGUGUGCAUUCGUGACGAAGCACGCCAGCUGCCAAGUGUUACGGUGACUCGCGAUAUUUGCGCUCUCGCAGCUAUGCGACGUUAAACGGCCUUGUCACAAUCGGCUUUCGAGCGCCUCGCAGUAGCAGAUGAAGCUAGCCCGUGUGACACGAUAUAAUGAUGCGCACAAUUGUAGAAAAUUGCUGCAGUACACAGCGUGGCUCCUUUUAAUGAAAGAGCUGUCGCGGAUCGCACCUCCACCUCGCGGACGCCCUGAAAAAAGAAAUGGUCGCUUUACUUCACCUUCGUCACACGGUGCUGCCUGCGCGAGGUUUUUUAUGAUCAUAUGGACUGUCUCUCUCGGCCUCCUUCAUUUUUUUAUAAGCACGAUGUUUCAGGCACGUCAGCCAAACUUUACUCAGGCAUUUGCCAGCAGAGACUUCGCAAGAGGGCGGAGCUUUGCCUGAAGCGACUUCGCUCGUGAUGUGGCAUGCAUGAGCUCAGCGCUGUAAUGACCAACAUUCAAUGCUGAAUGAAUCGGCCGCUUAGUGAAUCGACCACGUGUCGGCGCACAGGAGACAAUACGAAAGAAUCUCGCAAGGUUCACUUGUAGAGAGCAUGCGCAAGAUGCUGGCAAACACUGAUAAAAGCCUUCGCUUCGAGACACCGUGGUUCGACGAUAGUGGAUCCCUAUCGCAAGGACGUCAGUCGCCAGGCAUGUCCUGCAUGCAACUGAUGGGUCCUUGGGUCCUUCCAUCAUCCGUGCCAGCGUACAGUUCUGUGCAUUGGAUUCCGUGCAGUCCUGUUCUGGACAGUUCUGUGCAAUACCAAUUCUGUGCAGUACCGAUUGAAAUCUCAUGCGCACUGCCGGCCUAUGGUCUACCUGUGUCAACUGCCCUCAGCUUCGUCAUUUGGACGGUCGCGGGCAGUGAAGCACGUGCCACCAAGACUUGACGGCGCAAGUCGUUUGAGAGCCAUCUCUGCGUUUCGCCAACUUUCAUGCCAAAGCAGCCAGCACAAAUCGCAUGCUGCAGGCCAAGUGUUAUGUGUGCACUACGUUGGGUACCCUGCAUGAACGUGCGCUCUGCAUGCACGCACGCACUGCGUGUAAAUGCCCGUGACCUUUGCAAAGCGACUACACUGAGGACGUAGCCCUGCCACUUUAGAUGCAGAAUUCCAGGCAUGUGUACAUAUCUCCAGCACUUCAAGGUACAAAACCUGAACGCCCUCUUUCUGCGACGCCGUCCCUCUGAAUGUGUUCGAUGCCUCCGUCGGAAGAAAGCACGUAUGGCGAAAUAUUUUUUUCUUCCUUUCUUUUUUUCACACUGCGGCAUUACGCUUACUCGUGAGUGCGAUAUAAGACAUACUUUCGAUAAGAUAAUGUCAGUUGCGCACACAUUCGCAAGGGCUGCGCAGGUCUGCGACUGAGUUGCGCAACUAUUUUUCAGAUCGGAAGGAACAAUUCGUUACGUAAUGUGCGUCAAAUCAAAGGCUCUCCACGUAGUUUGCGCAGUGAGUCGUGGCAACGUGAAAGGAGCAACAGGAGAAUGCACCAACGGUGUUUAACUGCAAAGGCAAUUUGGCAUCGUGAAACUCUCGCGCGUCGGCGAAGCCCAUAUAGAUAAACGUAAAUAACAGGUGGCGUUUACGGCUGAGGAGUCACGUAGCCCGUUUAAAUAAAAGCGUCGAGAUCUCACUUGCAAUUCCCGCCUUGAUAUUUACCAAGGCUGAAUUGAAGUUGUGCCCAGAUUACACCCAUACCGCUGUCAAGAACAGAUGCAGGCACACCUCUUCGCUUCCAGGCACGCGAGCUUACGCUAAGUCUGUGGAACACCAGUGAAUUCACAAACACACGUCUUCACAGAUUGGAUCCAAGUUUCCAACUCCGUCUUCCAACAGGGUUGCCACGAGCGGGAGCAACACUUCUGUACCGCCUAUGGCUCGGCGUGGCAUUCACGAACUCAUAUUCCUUCCGCAUUGGUAUGGCCGACAGCCCUGCUUGCGACACCUGCGGCUGCGAAGAAACGAUUGCGCACCUCCUUUGUGACUGUCCGCGUUAUAAUGUGCGAAGGAAAGUGCUCGUGACCGCGCUCGAAAAACUGGACACUCGCCCCUUCACAGAAGAGAAAGUUCGAGGACACUGGUCCAGACGGGUUUCGGCAUUCAAGGCCUUAAGGGCUUUGCUCAAGUUCUUAAGGACAUGUGAAUUGUGCGGCCGCCUUUGACUAUUGUUGCGCGUAACAUCGCGUUACUGUGUGCAUUUUUCUUUUUUUUCCUCUCUUCCUUCUCCUUUUAUUCCCUUUACCCCUUUCCCCAGCACAGGGUAGCCAGCCGGCAUUUACACUGGCUAACCUCCCUGUCUUUCCUUCCCUUUUGUCUCCCUGAAUUGAAGUUGUCGAUGAAGCUCAAGGAAUAUGUCACUCAACAUCUCGACCAGCAAUGACAUCUGCUUAUGCCUAUAUCGUAAAUCUAAGUACGUGGGUGCUUUCGCAUCUCGCCCCCCAUCGAAAUGCGGCCGCCGUGGCCGGGAUUCGAUGCCGCGACCUCGUGCUUAGCAGCGCAACACCACUGCCACUAAGCAACCACGGCGCGGGUCACCUAAGGCUGGUGUAUAUAGAAUAAAAGUCAUCGCUUGCUAAAACAAUGAGCGGGUAAUGUCUGGGAUGCGAGGGCAGUCGAGAGUUCUUUUGCCGACCAUGUCGACUUUCACACUAAAGAUUAAAUUCCGCGGUUAAGAAACGCCUUAGAAAUGCCCACAUGCUACAGAUUAGUGCAGGCGAGUAUUAGUCACCGCGAUGGGUGUCGUUAUGGCGCCUUAAAACGUCUAGAUGGCGCUGCAUACAUAGCCCGUGUUCUACAGUGUCGCAUCUAUUGCUCGAAAACAUUACGCCUGCGACCUUCACUCAUUUUCUUCGAUCAGACAACUGACUGUGCCAGUCUGCCCCCAUUGAAGCUGUGCCAAACAUAAUUUGAUAGCGAAUAUAUGCAAUAAAUAAUAUAUGCAAUAUACGCGAUAUAUGCAAUAAAUAAUUUUAACUUUCUCACA